CCCCCCCCACCGCACUGCGCUCAACAUCCCGCUUAACGGGCGAAUGCCUGCGACCUUAGACGCCGGUUAAUUGCCUAGGGAUCUUCUUGAUUAGCAAAGGCGAUGAGGUAGGUGGCAGAAGGUGGUCACUAGGUGGCAGAAGGUGGUCACUAGGUGGCAGAAGGUGGUAGGCGGUGAGGCCACCGCAACUUCGAGCAGAUUCACCACCAUAGAAGAAGAGGGAUCUCAGCUUUCUUCUCUUUGCAGAAUCAACAACCCCACCGACAAAAUAAACUCCACAAUCAUGAUCGAUGGAUUUGAGCUCGCGCUCGAAUUCAAUGUCGUCUCCUACACUCUAAUCGCCCUUCUCGUUGGCAUCCUCGUGCUUCCCGUCGUGCUCGCGAAGGAUCCAGAUAUCCACCCUUACGCACUCUACCGUCAAUCCACGGUCGCUCCUGUCCGAAACCCCAAGGAGUCCGCCAUCCACCGUUCUCUGCACACUCCUCUCGGCUACCCUCUCGUCUCGGGUCUUGGACUUCCAAGCGCGCAGAAGUACUCGACGCGUAGCGGUGAUAUUCGCGACAUCUGGAAGCUUGCGAUCGAGAAGGGCAAUGGGAAACUGCUGUCGGUCAAAGGUAGCACUAUCGAGGAGCAUGACAUCAAUGAUCUCACGAAGGAAAUACACUCACUCGGUUUAUACCUGUCGCAAAUCGGAGCGAAGAGGGUCGCGGUCCAUCUUCCCAAUGACACCGAGAAUCUUGUUGCUACUUUUGCUUGUGCGUUCUACAAUAUCCCCCUCGUCAUUCUUCCGUUCGAACCGCAGCCAAAGGAUGCCCCGAAAAUCAGUGAACUUUUGCAACGCGCCUCGCCGGAUGUCUUGAUCGCGCAGGGUGGACAACUGCCACUUGAGGAGUUUAAGGGAACUGGCCUUAAGCAAGUUAUCUUGGUCGUCGAGAAGGCGUCUCAGCAUCUUGGGUGGGGCGGACCCAUGGGCGAAAUCAAAUGUGUUCAGUACGACGAGGUGGUGGCUAAGGCUGCCGUGCCCAUUGAUGACCUUAAGCUCGAUCUCGACGCGCCUGCGGUUAUCAUCUUUGGUCCCAAGAUUGCCGGAAAGAUUGAUAUGGUUGAGUUCAGCCACAGGAAUAUCAUUGCCGGCGUCGCGUCCCAAUCCGUUGUCCUCCCUAAGGCAGAGAAGUAUUCGCCAGAAGACGUUUUCCUUCCCGUCGACACGCUUUCGGACCUGUACACUCGCAUUCACACCUAUGUCGCCUUGUCUUCUGGAUCCUUGGUGGCUCUAAACCCUAUCGGUGGAAAGCACGCAAACGUCGAACUAGCAUGCAAGGCCGUCAAGCCCACCAUUAUCUGCGUCUCACCAGAGGCUCUAUUGGCCAUCCAACGCAAAACUCGAGGCACCAUGAUGGAGAUGUGGCACAACUUGAUUCACUGGUUCCAACUACGCACGCUAAAAGACCAAGGCCGGAUCCCCCAGGGUACCUUUUUCACCAGGCUCAAUGACUACGAGCGUCCUCAAGUGGGCGGAAACCUUCGCCUGGUCUUUGUUGCCGAGGGCGGAGGCGAUGUUGCAUCACAAGCACUCAAUUCCAUGGAUCUUUCCGAUCUUCGGGUGUUCUUCAAAUCGAAGGUUGUGUACGGUCUCAAGCACCACAGGGUAGCUGGCCCCGUGGCACAGUGCAACGUCUACGACUACCGCGUUCAAUAUCCCCUACGGUUGCCCAACAGGAGCAAACAAAUCGAGAGAUUCUGCGCGCAUUUUGGACCCGUCACGCCCGGACUCGAGAUCAAGCUGAAGGAUGCCCAAGGCUACACGGCUGACGGCCCCGAAGGCCCCAAGGGAGAGGUGAUUGUGUCCGGGCUGCCCGUGGCUGGUGCGAGGGAAGCAGCUUUGGGCUUUGUUGGUAAAUGGGAGCCGGAAGGUGUGUUGAGUUAUGCAUAGGCGGUUAGCUUGUUUGUUUGUUUGAGGAUCGACAUUUCAUUAACGAAUUCGUGGUAGCCAGUAUAUCCUAGUGGCUACAUUUUUUGUGUUAGACAGAUGUCAUCUUUCUUUUUACGUUCUCGAUAAGUGGCUCGAUGCUGGGUACUACAUGCCAAAAUGACUGCACGGAUAAAUACUUGAAGUUUGCCUCCCAGGCUUUGAUCGUGAGCUGUUAUAAACAAUUCAUGUACCUGCCUAAAUCCUGG